AUGGCUGACACGCAGCAUGAGACAUCACAAGAGCCGACGGACGCAGCUCCUGGCGUGCCCGACUACAUGCUGGACCCCGACGCUGUGCUGAAGGACGAAGCCACCUGGCGUCACGGUUCACCACCAGACUAUUCAGGAACGCGGAAGAUAUGGGCAGAAACAAAGAGAUCCAAUCACGCCCCUGGCUCCCUCGAAUCUAUGGUCGAAAACCUCGUCAAAAACUGGGAAAUCGAAGCCUCCCACAAAAUGAAGUUAUCAGACUGGCGAACCAUCGACGCGAACAACUAUACCUUUUCGAUCAACGGUGGGCCAAAACAAGAUGGGGAACACAUGCUCAAGGUUGGAACGUACAACGCGAUCAUAACGCCUAAUGAGUGGUAUGAUGCCAACUAUACGGAUUUCGAACAGAGCCACAAGACCUUUCGAGAUAUGAUGCCAAAUUUUGCAUGGGAGGUCACGAAAGUACACGGAGGUCCACCAGAGGUAUCCGUUGAUUGGCGGCAUUGGGGAGUGAUGAGAAGUGACUAUGUAGGCUGGAACAAUAAAGGCGAAGAGAUCCGAAUCAAAGCCCACGGCAAAGUCCUCGAUAUCUCAGGUACCACUAGAGCUCGAGUGAACGACAAGAUGCAGGUCACCUCGCUCGAGACAUUUUUCGACCCGGAAGAGAUGUUCAAGCAAAUGAAGCCUGACUACGCCAAGGCUGAAGUACUCGUCGAUGGUGAGAAACUCGAUCCUCACACUGCGACAGAGAUGCUUGAGCACCCUACUGAGGCAGGUUUGACAAGCCUCGUUGAUAAGGUCAAGUCGGAUCAGGAUGCGAAAUUUGUGCCAGAACAGCAACGAGAUGGGGACAAAGCGAUUACUGAUCGAGAUGAUGUUCAUUUGCAUCAUCCAGCUGCGCCAACUACUUCGGAUCAGCUCCUGUCGGAGCAACGCGAAAGUGGUGGUGGGCAAGGUUGUCCAUUUUUGCCUGGUGGUCGUCAGUAA